AUCGAUGUUCUGUUUCACGUUAAGAUAUCGUUUAUCGAAAAGCCGAAAAAAUGGACCACGGAAAAGACAUCAGCCACAAAAUUCGGUCGGCAAUAAAGGCAAAAUUGAUAGAAUUAAAUGCAUAUGUUGAUGAUGAACUUCCAGACUAUAUUAUGGUCAUGAUUGCAAAUAAAAAGUCAGAAAAACAGAUGAACAAUGACCUUAAUUUGUUCCUAAGCCACAACACAGAAAAAUUUACAUCAUGGUUACACAGCUUGUUGAAAAAGCUGCAGAAUCUUGGGACAGAUCAACAGAAAACAAAAGAAUUGGAAAAAGUUGAAACAAAAGUCAGUGACCCUGCAAAAGAGGUUCCAUCAGUUAGUGAUAGGAAAGAAAAGCAAGUGAAGAGGCACCAUUCAACAGAAAAGAAAGAUAAGGAGAGACACAAGGAGAAAAGCAAAGAUGGUAAGGAGAAGGUCAAAGAUUCCAAGAGUGGAAACAAAGAUGGCAAGAAAGGCAAGUCUGGACUGGAAGUGGACCCAGAGAUAGAGGAUCUACUGACCAACAGAGAGGAGGAUGAGUUUGCUGCUGAGUUUAAGGAGGAAUCAGAGUCCUCCAAGGCAGCAAAAGCCAAGCAGACCGAGAGAGGUGCAUCAUCUCAGGUGAAGUCUAGUCAGAAUAGCUCUCAGAGUAAAGCCAAGUCUUCUGUGAAACCAGCCUCCAUACAUUCUCGUCUCGGUCUCCCAAUCUCAUCAGAUUCGGACCGAGGGAGGUCCUCCAAGGAAUCCCUCCCUCAGAGAAAGGAAUCCUUCCCCCAGAGAAUGGUUCAGAGACCCCUUUCUUCUUCCUCCUCUGCAUCCAAGAGAUCUGUGACUUCGCCAAAAAGAAGGCAGCCAUUGUCUGUCGUGGCAUCAGUGAAGAGGAAGUUUGAGUUGGAGGAUGAGGAUGAGGAGUAUGACCCCUAUAACCCGGCUGUGGGCAGUGUGGCCAGUGUUGUUCAGGUCUCCUCCAGACCAAGAAAGUCCAGUGUGCCAAUCACAAAACAGGCAAACAAAAACUUGAUACUCAAAGCCACAGCAGAAGCUGAGAAAUCUGUGUCCUCUGCCAUGGACACUGUGCUCAAAGAGGAAAAAAUGUACAGCGUGAAAGAAGAUGCAAGAACACGGUUAAAGAAACCUGUUACUGUCACAUUACAUGGAAGAAAUGAAUCAAAAGGAGAAUAUUCCAGUAAAUCUGUGGGGAUGUCUGGGAGAGGGCUAGUCUCAGGCUCCAGAAAGUCAGAGCUGAUGAAGAAAAUGACUUACACCAUAGAAAAUAAACCCAAGGUCCAAAGACUGGAACACAGGGAAAAAGCAAUUAAGGUCAUCAAAAAGGAAGGACAAGAAGUUGCCCGUGUGAUUCCAGUGGUGGAUAGUCGGUAUAUCCAGAUCCAAGAAAAGGUAGAGGAGGGAGACAGUGUCCAAGAUGGCUCGGAUACUAGUCCUCAGCUCCCAGUGAAUUCGGACGAAGAGCAACCAUCCCUGAGUCCUGACAUUGACCCGGAGGUGCACCGUCUAUUACAACAGGAGUCUGAGGCAGAAAUGUACCCUAACAACACAGGGGGGUCACAGAAUGGGGAGGAGCCAGGAGGUUCCCCAGAGGUGGGGGAGGAGGAAGAGAUAGAUGAAGAUGAUGAUGAGGCUCAGAGGGCCCUGUUACUGAGGCAGCAGAGUCAGCAGGCCAACAGGAAGAGGACCUUCGCCCAAACUACAAAACAGAAACCUACUGCCUUUGUAUCACCAGUGGAUACCAAGUUUAUUGUCACUCUGGAUGGCGUGAACCCCGAUGAAUUUGAAGCUGACAAAGAGUCAGGGGGUGGGGAGUUGGAGGCUAGUGAGAUCCCAAAGAAAACGAUUGUCCCUGCAGCUCCAGAAAUUAAACCUGUUACAUUCAGUCUAAAGGAUACUGAUGAUGAAGAAGAGGAAGAUAUUUUGCCUUCAAAAGUAGCCAAGUCAACAGAGAGAUGUCGUUUCUGGCCAGCAUGUGUUAAUGGCAAUUCUUGUCUCUAUCAUCAUCCUACAGUUCCCUGCAAAAUGUUUCCCUCGUGUAAGUUUGGAGAGAAGUGUCUGUACAUACACCCAAACUGUAAGUUUGAUGCUCAAUGCACCAGGAAGGAUUGUCCAUUCACCCACGCGAGUAAAAGAAACGCCACCACCACAGUGAUACAGAAGAUUGUCCAAGUCCCAGUUGCAGCUACUUAUGGCCCUGCCUUUAAUAGAGCAGCCCCCACUAGUACCCCUGUGGUCUGCAGGUUCUUCCCAAACUGCAGCAAUGUCCAGUGCACCUUCUAUCAUCCAAAGCCCUGUAGAUUCGGAAUGCAGUGUAUGAAUAAAUCUGUCUGUACAUUUUACCACCCUGCUGUGCCAAGCAAAAGCCAGUUAAAGUGGUCAGCUACCAGCAAGCAAGCUAGUACACACAUCAGCCAAAGACAGUUUGAUGCAGGAGUUGCCGAGUCCUUGACAAGCUCUUGAGGGAGAGAUGACCAUUACAUAUCUGUAAUGUUAUACUGGUUCUUGUCUCUAGAAUACUGUACUGGUACCAGACACUGAAAGCAAUGGCAGCACAGUGGGAGGAACAAUUAUUUUCUUUUAAACUUCUUAAAAAGGACAGGGAAAUUCAUUAUUUUCCUUAAACCUGUUUGUAUUUAGGAAGAUUCUUAAAUCCAACAAUUUAUUUACAGUAAUAAACUUUUAAAAAAGAAGUUCCAGCUAAUUUAGAUUUUUUCUCCAUUUCUUGUGUUUUAGGAAAAUCUCAUACUUAAUGUGUGUAUUUUGGAUUUUAUUCUGCUCUGAGAUAUUUCCUGUUAGUGUAUAAUAUUGAUUCAUGUUUUAACGACUUGAUGCUGUUAUUGGUAUUGUUUUAAUACUUUAAUCAUGUUCAAAGAGGGGAUCUUGAAUUUGAAAUGCACAAGAACAUUUUUUAGUUUACUAUGCUAAGGGCAGCAACUGUGCAACUUUUACUGUGUUUAUAGAAUUCUGUAAUUUGGUUUUGUUUAAUUAGAAUUUUCUGUAUUGAAUUUUCUUUACAAAAAAUAUUGACAACAUACAAACCAACAAGAAAUAAAAGAUUAUUACAAAU